GGUACAUAAGGGAAAGUACCUUCUUCCCGACAGGUAAGCUUACCGAUAUUAUUUCUCUCCAACCUUAUAUUCUCUUCAGCUUACUAUAUGAUUUCCAACAACGUCAGACUAUCCCCCUCAUAGUUCAAACUUAAUAUAUAUAUAAUUCUCAAUUUUCGGAGAGAAAACAUGGCUUCGACAGAUCGCCCCACUACCGCCGUUGUGGAGCGGCCCUCGGUAUCCGACAUUCCGGGGCUGAUUACCAUCUGGUGGGACGCGUUCGGCUCCGAACACAUGCAGCGCAUCUUCCCGCAGACGCCCGAUGGCAGGCUCUGGCUCCAGCGCGCUUUCAAGCAGUUCCUUGGGCCCGCCCCGGGACCCGAUGAGCUGAAGACCGAGUGUCUGAUCGUGCGCAGUCCGGAUACCGGUAUCCCUGCUGCGAUAGCUAUAUAUCGCAUCGUACCAGAGGGUUGCGACGCAGCGAAGCAGUCAUGGCGUGCGAGGUGGCCCGCUGUUGACGACUUACCGGAUUUCAGCGAUGCCGCCGUGGAUGAUUUCUUUAGCCGCAUGGAGAAGGCGCAUGCUCACGUUCUGGGCGACCGUGGUCAUGUCUUCUUGGAAGUGCUUGCUACGAUGGAGGCAUUUCAGAAAAGGGGUUAUGGCACCGCGCUAGUCAAGUGGGGAACUGAUUUAGCUGAUCAGUUAGGAGUCGAGUGCUACUUAGAUGCCAGUCCUGCCGGAAAGCCACUCUACGAAGCAAACGGUUAUGUAGAGCAAGAUGUGUCUACUAUCUUAGAGAAGCAGUCGGCGGUUUCAAUGUUACGCCCAAAGAAACUUCAAGGCUGAUAGGUACCUAGGUACCUAUGAAAGCACCUAAUUCGACACUCGAUAGGCAUGGUUGAUAUUGAAAUUAGUUUGCAUUAGAGAGAGUAUCAUCAAAACAACCCCGACAUAAUAAGAAUAUUUAUAAAAUCCCU